AUGUUGCACCUGAAGGUCCAGCCAGCAGCGGAAGCUAGCUGCUGAUUGAGGAGGUCAGCCACAGUGACUACAGCAGGAAUACCCGCUGUGACGCACGUCAGUCCCGCUGCAGAUAGAGCAGCGCUGGCGCGGAGCCCCCACCCCACCCUGCCUGUUCUCCGAUAACAAAGAGGAAGAAAUCAACACUCUACCAAUGACAUCUUGUUUUUGCUCUCAAAGAGAGUAUCACUUCGUCUGAACAUAUAUUUAUAUUUAUCGUUAAAUUCGGAGGUAAAAUGGUCGACUAAGACUUUUACGCGCACAAUCCGUCGCCUUUUUUAUUGAUGUAACUGACGUAAAACGUCGUCUCAGUGUGGAUACCGAGCUGCAGUCACAUUCCUGAGAGACUGCGAUGCUCUCAAAGAAGGAGAGAGAGAUGAUUGUAGAAAUAUGGGAGAGAAUUAUUCCUGUGGCAGAGGAUGUUGGGUCAGAUGCACUUCUUAGGCCAAUCAGAGCAACAAAAUGCGUGACAUGGCCACUACCAAGCUGCACCCCUACUGAAGGAGUAAACUCCAUACAGAACUGCCUAACGCGAACCAGGGCGACUGUAGACAUGAUGUUUGCCACUUACCCAGGCACAAAGACUUACUUCAACCACUGGGACAUCAGUCCUCACUCACCUAACCUACGCUCUCAUGGGAAGAAGAUUGUUCUGGCCAUAGCCGAGGGAGCCAAAGACAUCAGCCAGCUAACCGUCACCCUGGCUCCUCUGCAGACCUAUCAUGCCUACCAGCUCAGGAUUGACCCCACUAACUUCAAGCUCUUUUCUCACUGUAUGCUCGUGGCUCUGGCUGUGCACCUCCGUGAUGACUUCACAGAAGUUCACCAUGCAGCAAUGGACAAGUUCCUGUCAGCUUUUGCAGCUGUGCUUGCAGAGAAAUACAGAUGAGGCCCAGGUGUAUACACACUGUUUACAGUGCUCUAUGAUGUGUAGUAAAUGUGUAUGUGUGGAUGUUACAGUGCAAUGUUUUCUAGUAAUAAAAGUGUGCGAUUAAGACAGCUUUUCUUCUGUUUCUGUUGGGUUACUAAAUAAAGCAGUGCAGAAUCA